AUGAUUGAUGGUGGGGACAGCGGGAGCGAGGGCGAGGAAGUGCUUGGGGUGGACUGGGCAUCUCUCGAGACCAAUCUGUCCGCGGAAACGCUGGAGAGUUUGCGACAGCACCUCCAACACCAGGAUGGUGCGACCGUCGCAGCGCCCUCAGGCGCUGAAGAGCGAGCAGCGGAGGCAGAACCAGCGUCAGCACCGGAUGGUAGUAGUAGUAGUGGCGGCGGUUGCACUAGCCCAAGGAAAGAUGCGGGUUCUGCAGCACUGCCCUCGUCCAACUUGGUGUACAAGGCAAAGGAAUACUGGGACAGCCGCUUCUCCGAGGAGGAGUCGUACGAUUGGCUAGCGAGCUACGCCGACAUCGCGGAGUACUUGCAUGAAGCGGUGCCGAGGGAUGCCCGAAUACUCAUCGUUGGCUGUGGCAACAGUGGCCUCAGCGCGGACAUGUAUGAUGACGGAUACAGGGAUAUGCUCAGCACGGACUUCUCGGCGGUGGUGAUAGACAAGAUGCGGGCGAAGCACCUCGCGGCUCGCCCGGGGCUGCGGUGGGAGAAGAUGGACAUGCUCGCCCUGGCGGCAGAGGACGCGAGCUUUGACGCCGUCGUAGACAAGGCGGCAAUGGACGCCUUAAUGGUUGAUAAGGGUGAUCCUUGGAACCCGGACCCAGCCACAAUCGAGCAAUCCCACCGCAUGUGCGCGGAGGUUUCCAGGGUGCUCGUGUCCGGAGGCGUUUUCGUACAGCUUUCGUUCGAGCAGGUCCACUUCCGGAGGAAGUUUCUUCUGGGCGAGCACCCCGCCGCUGCCGGUCAUCUUGGCGCAAGACGGCAGGGCGGAGAGGAGGGGCACAGCGAUGAUGGGGAAGGGGGGGGUCCCUAUGGCUGGGACUUGCAGGUGCACGACAUCCAGAGAGAGGGCGGGUGUUUCGGGCAGUUCUUGUACCUCUUGAGGAAGCGAUGAGGGCGGGGGCCGGCGAAAAACUGCGGGUUGUGUCUCUCGAAAGGACCACGAGUAACGACAUGGUUUGGCGUGUAGACACUUAGGCGUGCCGGUUUAAAAACAAUGGGAGACAGCGUUGCCAGGUGCGGUGGCGCUGCUGGUGCUGCUGUAGAAAUUGCGUGCCGUCGUGAUACGGCGGGGCACCGCAGCUUGCACGUGAAAGCGACCCCCGCCCGGUCUGUCGUUUAGGCCCGGAAAGCGAGUGCACAACGUGUUAGCGUAUUGAGUGGAUUCGCCUCUGUUUGAUGGUAAGAUUUGCCCCGCCGC